AUGAGUCAGGCAUGGCAACAGAUUGAAUGUUGUGGAUCAAAAUCCCACCCAUUGAGUGAAUGCAAACUACACUUUGGCUAUGACAAGUGUGACAGUGUUGUGAGUCCACGAGGCAGAUGGAAAGCUGCUCGUGAUAUGUGGAAAACAGCUGGUGUUAAUGGCUUUGUACUUGAACGUACAUUUCAUCGUGCAUCAGCAACACAUCAGGGUGGUCAAGCAUAUGGUACACAGUGUGCCACAUUCAGAGUCAAGGAAUGUCAUCUUCACAAGCUUCAGAAAGGACCAGCAACUGAUGUAUUAUUGAAUAGAGAUGAAGGACUGAAAUUCUACAAACAGAUGAAAACAAUUCGGAUGCUCGGAACGAUACUUUUUGAAUUAAAGAAGGAAAAGGAUCUGAUUUCUGGAACUGUUCAUACACAGACGGGACAGGAAGCUUGUUGCAUUGGAAUUAUAUCUGCACUUAAGCUGGAUGACCCAAUAGUGACAACUUACCGUGCGCAUGGUUAUGGUUACGCCAGGGGCAUGACGCUUCGAAGCAUCUUAGCGGAAAUAUCAGGUCGCACGACGGGAUGCGUAAAGGGAAAGGGAGGAUCAAUGCAUAUAGCUGCACCACGUGACUAUAACUUUUUCGGAGGUUUUACGAUUCUUGGAUCUCAGGGCCAGAUUUUCGAGGCAUUCAACAUAGCCUCGCUGUGGAACCUACCAGUGAUGUAUAUAUGCGAGAACAACAACUAUGCUAUUAGUACGCCUGUCAAACGUGCGUCAGCUUCAACGACGUUCUACACCCGGGGAGAUUUUGUUCCUGGAAUUCGCGCUGAUGGUAUGGAUGUGUUAGCCGUAAGAGAAGCAACUAAGUAUUGUGCAGAUUAUAUCAGGGAUAACCAGGGGCCAAUUAUACUUGUGCUUAUGACAUAUCGUUAUGUUGGUCACUCUGUUAACUUUCCGAGCACAGCAUUGUACAGGACAAAGGAAGAAGAGGAUAGAGUAAAAGCAACAAGUGAUGCUAUACAUAAUCUAAGAGACAAAUUAUUGACAUCUAAACUGGCAACCCUGCAGGAGUUAUCGAAAAUUGAUGCCGAUGUCAAAGAAGAAUUAUUCGAAGCAACAGAGUUAGCCAAAAAAGACCCAUUACCUGACAUCAGUGAAACAUACACUGAUGUCUACUGUGAUUCUUCUGGAAGUCCUAUUAAAGGGUGCGAUCCCUGGACUGCCUACAUAUAUCCUGACUAA